AUGAGUCAACAUUUUGAGGCGGGGCUCAUCUUUAUAUUAUUUUUCCUCCCGCAGCCAUUUUGGACAGGCGCGCGUGGGACAGCUAUUUGUGGGGUCCUGCAGUGCCGAGGUCAGCUCUCCUUCACCGUCCUUACACCGGCUUCUCAAUUUACGUCUUUCCCGUUAACUCCAGCACUUUUAAACACAUUUAACACAAUACUCGGCGUCAUGGCAAUCCCUCCCGCCUUCGCAGAUCUGGGAAAAUCCGCUAAAGACAUUUUCAGCAAGGGAUAUGGAUUUGGUCUGAUCAAACUCGAUGUGAAAACGAAAUCUUCUAAUGGUGUGGAAUUCAAAACUUCCGGAUCGUCCAACACCGACACCAGCAAAGUGACCGGAGCUUUGGAGACAAAGUACAAAUGGUCUGAAUAUGGUUUGACCUUUACGGAGAAGUGGACCACGGAGAACACACUGGGCACCGAAGUCUGCAUCGAGGAUAAGAUCACGAAAGGCCUGAAACUCAACUUUGAAACCACCUUCUGUCCAAACACUGGUAAGAAAAACGGGAAGGUGCGCGGAGCAUACAAGCGCGAGUAUGUGAACGUGGGAGUGGACGUGGACCUGGACUUCGCGGGGCCCACCAUCCACGGGGCGGGCGUGGCCGGCUACGAGGGCUGGCUGGCCGGCUACCAGAUGACCAUCGACUCGGCCAAAUCCAAACUGACGCACAGCAAUAUCUCUGUGGGAUACAGGACCGGAGACUUCCAGCUUCAUACCAACGUUAAAGAUGGCAGCGAGUUCGGAGGCUCAAUCUACCAGAAGGUGAACGAUAAGUUGGAGACGGCCGUGGACUUGGCCUGGAGCGCCGGCAGCAACGGAACCUGCUUCGGAAUUGCGGCGAAAUACCAGCUGGACUCCGACACCGCCGUUUCUGCCAAAGUGAACAAUGCAAGUUUGGUAGGAGUCGGCUACAGCCAGAGUCUGAGGCCCGGGAUGAAGCUGGUGCUGUCCGCUCUGGUCGAUGGGAAAAACAUAAACGCCGGCGGACACAAACUGGGCCUGGGUCUGGAGCUGGAGGCGUGA